CUGGCCGAGAAUUGCCGAAUCAUCUUGUCCUGCCCGGACUGCUGAAAGCGGCCGCAACGCCAUGUUGGCGAAGUCUCCCAUCUCUGUGAGAAAAAAAAUGAUAGAAAACAUAAUUGCCGAGAAGAGAAGGUAAAUCGCCGAGGGAGGAAGAAGACCGCGGCGGUUGUUUCGUUCGUAAGAAACGAACCGAGCCGGAUCCGCAGAGGUUCCGGACGGACGAGGGAGGCUGAAACCUCCCAACCGUCCUCAUGAGCAGCACCGCUGAUCCGAACAGCGACUUUCCAUGAAAAAAAAGACGUUUGUGUUGCUAUUCGAGCUUCGUUAUCCCACUUCGUUAAAGGGAUUUGGGGCCUGCUUCAGGAUCAGCUACGCUUGCUAUAUGAAUGCAAGCUAAGCUUUUUUUGCAUCAGUAUUUAUUAGUGUUUUGUUUUUGAGUUUUUUUUUUUUUUUUUUUUGGUUCUUUUUCUGCGAUGAGUUUGCCACCGAAAGUGGUCACCAAGCCCGCCGCUGUCUCAGUUAGCGGACCUGGAAGUGGCCCCUCUCCGUCGAGCCAACUGCGGGCUACCCUGACCUCCGUGUCUCUGCCGCCGGGAGCCCCAACCGCUCCUCAACCUGGCGCUGUACCACCUCCGUAUCCUUUCACAUGGGUACCCCGGCACGCUGGCCCUGCUUACACGGCUCACGACAUCACAAAGGGACACCCUAACUUAGCGGGGACCCCGCCUGGUCAUGCCCACUCCCCGGCGCUCUCUCAGGUAUCAGUACCCACAGCUUCCCAAUAUCGCUACCCUAAGGGCUGGGAGGCAGGCGGAGGGUCACCGUACAACACUGGGCAAAACGCCGUCACCACUUCGUUAGUGUAUUCUCCCCAAACACAGCCAAUGAAUGCACAGCCACAGAGUCGCCCGUUUGCUACGGGCCCUCGACCAACCCACCAUCAGGGAGGAUUCAGGCCCAUCCAGUUUUUUCAAAGGACUCAGAUGCAGACUGCGAGGACCUCAAUGCCGACAAACACACCCUCCAUACGUCCGGGCUCGCAGGCCCCUGCGGCGGCCGUCUACCCCACUAAUCAGCCAAUCAUGAUGACUAUGGCCCCCAUGCCUUUUCCAUCGCCGCAGGCUACACAGUACUACAUCCCACAGUAUCGGCCCAGUACACCCUAUGUGGGACCGCCGCAGCAGUAUUCGGUCCAGCCUCCAGGUUCCGGCACCUUCUAUCCAGGUCCAGGACCAGGGGAGUACUCCAACCCAUAUCAUCCCCUCAGGUACCACCCUCCCGUCUCACCCUCCGUCCCCGCUCCCGUUCCCACAGCUGGCCCAACCUUCUACCCCGGGCAGACACUGUUUCCCCACUCGCCCUCCAUCAUAGUGCCUACACAACAGCAACCUCAACCAACCAGGCGUGAGAAGAAAACAUCGUCGCAGAUCUGUAUCCGUGACCCGAAUCAGGGCGGCAAGGAUAUCACAGCAGAGAUCUUGGCCGGGGGCUCAGGGAGCAGGAACUCGACGCCCCCUGUCGGCCCCCCUUCGUCCACCCCCACACCACCACAGCAUCCGAGCAGCAGCCAGACUCCAGAGCAGACGCAGCCCCCGCCCCCUCAGCAGCAGCAGCAGGCCCAUCCCGGAGGCCUCACGUUGGAGCCGCAGCAGAUCCAGCAGCAGCCGCUAACAGCCGGGCUGUCAGACACCAAACCAGGGCCAGUCGAUUUGCCAAAUUUGGAGCCCGUCGUCCACAAGUCUUCCUCCCCUGCGCUCUCGCAGCCCGAAGCCCCGUCAGAGAGGCUGGAGGCCGAGCGCCCCGUGUCCGAGGCCCCCGCCUCCGUUGAGCCGGAGCUUUCCUUCCACGUCUCGCUGACCGCCGCCGCCGCCGUCGCUCUCCCGCCUCCAGCAGCCGGCGCUGGCCCCUCAGCCAGGGAGUCCACUGCUCCAGCCUCCUCCUCCUCCGGUGGAGAGAGCAAAUCCUCCCUGGCGGCGCCUCACACGCCCAACACGGACAAAGCUCUUCCAGACCCCCCGCAGGCGUUCGCCGCUUCUCCACCAGCCGCCGCCGCCAAGGCUUUGAACGGCCUCGCCGACUCGGGGAUGGAGCUCGACGCCGGAGCUCAAGAGCUCUCCCUCCUUCCCCCGGCGACGCCGCACCCCCCGGCUCCCGCUUACAGAGACGCCUCCACCUCCGAAACCGUGCCCUCUGACACGAGGCCAGACGUGCCAAUCGCCGCCGCGCUGUCCCCCCUGUCACCUGUCGCCGUGGUGCCUGUCGCCCUUACCUCGAGCCCCCUCCCGCCGCUGCCAGCUGCGCUCCCCCCCGGCCUUCCGCCUCUCGUGCAGGCCACAGCAGAGGCAGACGAGCCAGGCAAGACCCUGGACAUGAAAGACCUCCUCUCCAGAGGAGGGAUGGAGGCGCAGGGCGGCGUCACCGAGAGCAAAACGGAGUCCCAGCAACAAGCGCCGACCAGGAGGAGCCCUACUGCGGUGAAUCAGACCUCUGCUAUACCAAAGACCUGGAGAAAACCAAAUGAAGUGAUGUGUGCGGGAGACAUGCCUCAAAUCAACGACGAGGAGGAGCCCAAAGUUAUCGACUCGCCUGCUGGCGACCAGGCCCUCCAGUCGGCUCCCCCCGGCUGCAGUCCUGUGCCCCUGCCGUCAGUCUUCCCCUCCCCUGCUGCCCCCUCACUUGCUCCCACCAGCAGCCCCCAGGCUGACGGAAAGCCGGCGGUGUCCGAGGAAAACGGCGAGGCGGAGCUGGAGCCCCUGAGGAACGGCGCGGGUCACACCUCGGAGACGGAGAGCAGCGACAGCGGCGCCACCCCUGGAGACAAGGAGAACUCCACGGGAGCUCCUCAGGAUGUGGAAGACCUCGCUGAGCUGACUGGGAAGAAGCAGUACGGCAGAGACUUCCUGUUGGGCUUCCAGUUCAUGCCCCAGUGCGUACAGAAACCUGAGGGGCUCCCACCAAUCAGCGACGUGGUGCUGGACAAGAUGAACCAAAACAAGUUGCCAUCCCGGGCGGUGGACUCCAGGGUGAUUUCCAGGGGACCUGAUUUCACCCCAGCUUUCGCUGACUUUGGGAGACAGAUGAGCGGAGGACGGGGAGCUGCUCUCAUGAACAUGGGGACCCGACGGCCUCCACCCAGGAAGAUCAUCGUGAACGUCUCCGUCAACGAUGACGUUCAGCUGAAAAAGUCGGAGAACGCCUGGAAGCCAAACUUGAAGAGAGAGGGCCUUCCAGAGGAUUCGGAGACGCAGAAAACUCAGGAGCUCUUCAGGAAGGUACGGAGCAUCCUGAACAAGCUGACGCCACAGAAGUUCAACCAGCUGAUGAAGCAGGUCACCGAUCUGACCAUCGACACCGAGGAGAGGCUCAAAGGCGUCAUCGACCUGGUUUUUGAGAAGGCCAUCGAUGAGCCCAGUUUUUCUGUGGCCUACGGACAAAUGUGUCGCUGCCUCGCCACGCUCAAAGUGCAGAUGACGGACAAACCCAACUCCACUGUAAAUUUUCGCAAGCUGCUGCUAAACCGCUGCCAGAAGGAGUUUGAGAAGGACAAGGCAGACGACGUGGUGUUCGAGAGGAAGCAGAAAGAGCUGGACUCUGCUGCAUCGGCGACGGAGCGCGAGCGGCUUCGGGAGGAGCUGGAGGAGGCCAAGGACAAGGCCAGGCGGCGCUCCAUCGGCAACAUCAAGUUCAUCGGCGAGCUCUUCAAGCUCAAGAUGUUGACCGAAGCCAUCAUGCACGACUGCGUGGUCAAGCUGCUGAAGAACCACGACCAAGAGUCUCUGGAGUGCCUGUGCAGGCUGCUUACCACGAUCGGGAAGGACCUCGACUUUGAGAAGGCCAAGCCUCGCAUGGAUCAGUAUUUCAACCAAAUGGAGAAAAUCGUCAAGGAGCGGAAGACGUCGUCUAGGAUCCGGUUUAUGCUCCAGGAUGUUAUAGACCUGAGAUUGCACAACUGGGUGUCCAGGAGAGCCGACCAGGGCCCAAAGACCAUUGAGCAGAUCCACAAGGAGGCAAAGAUUGAAGAGCAGGAAGAGCAGCGGAAGGUCCACCAGCAGCUGCUCUCCAAGGACAGCAAGAGACGGCCAGAUCCACGAGAACAGAGGGAGGCGCGCAAAGAAGAAACCUGGAACACUGUGCCCAUGACCAAGAACAGCAGGACCAUCGACCCCAAUAAGAUCCCAAAGAUCUCCAAGCCUCAGAUGGACGAGAAGAUCCAGCUGGGCCCUCGCGCUCAAGUCACGUGGGUGAAGGGCAGCAGCGGAGGAGCCAAGGCCAGCGACUCGGAACUGUCUCGGACCGCUGGCCUAAACCGUUUCUCGGCGCUGCAGUCCACGCCGUCACCUCAGCCCUCCACCCCGCCUCCACAGAACCCGGACUACGACUCCAGAAGAACUCUGGGGAGCGGUCGGACCAACACGGUGAGGGAGCGCAGCGAGAAGCCGCUGAUCGCCGCCCCGCCGUCAUCGCGACCCGGUCCGUUCACCAGGGGCGGCUCCUCCAAAGAGCUGCUGGAGACUCAGAACGCAGAGGAGCCACGCAGAGAGCGGGAGGCAGCAGAACCCCGGAGGCCGAGCGUCGCGGAGGACAGAACCGAGCCGGAGCGCGGGAAAGUCCGGGAACCCGCGAAACCCGAGCCGGUGGUCCAGAAGCCCGACAGACCCGCCCGCUCGGAGGAGGAGAUCGAACGGAAGUCAAAGUCCAUUAUUGACGAGUUCCUGCACAUAAACGAUUACAAGGAGGCUGUCCAGUGCGUGGACGAGCUGGACCUGGGCUCUCAGCUGCACGUCUUUGUGCGCGUCGGGGUGGAGUCGACCCUGGAGCGCAGUCAGAUCACCCGGGACCACAUGGGCCAGCUCCUCUUCCAGCUGGUGCAGCAGGGAUUGCUGCCCAAAGCCCAGUUAUACAGAGGGUUUGCAGACACGCUGGAGCUGGCCGACGACAUGGCCAUCGACAUUCCCCACAUAUGGCUGUACCUGGCCGAGCUGCUCAGCCCCUUACUGAAGGACGGAGGCUUCUCUAUGAGAGAGCUCUUCAGUGAAUUAAGCAAACCUUUGCUUCCUGUUGGAAGAGCCGGGAACUUAAUAUCUGAAAUACUGCACAUACUAUGCAAACAAAUGAGCCAUAGGAAUGUGGCCUCGCUGUGGAGGGAAUCGGGCCUGAACUGGGCCGACCUUCUACCAGAAGGGGAGGAUGUCCAGGCUUUCAUCUCACAACAGAAACUCCAGUUCCUUCAGGCAGAAGGUUCAAGUCCCGGGGAGGUGCAGCCGAAAAGGAUCCUGUCUCCCGAGGAGCUGAGUCAGCAGCUGGAGAAACUCCUCCUGGAGGACAUGGCCAGUGACGAGCAGAUCUUCGACUGGGUAGAGGCGAACCUCGACGAGUCCCAGGCGAGCUCGUCUCCCUUCUUGAGGGCUUUGAUGACGGCUGUGUGUAAAGCAGCGGUGAAAGACGAGAACCCUAACUGUCGCGUGGACACGGCCAUCAUCCAGAAGAGGUUGCCUGUAUUACUCAAGUACCUUAACUCAGACACUGAGCGACAGCUGCAAGCACUUUAUGCACUUCAGGCGCUGAUCGUUUCGCUCGAUCAGCCUCCAAACCUUCUCCGGAUGUUUUUCGACUGUCUGUACGAUGAGGACGUCAUCUCGGAGGACGCGUUCUACAAGUGGGAGUCGAGCAAGGACCCUGCCGAGCUGGAGGGUAAGGGCGUGGCCCUCAAGUCCGUCACAGCGUUCUUCACCUGGCUGCGGGAAGCUGAGGAGGAGUCGGAGGACAAUUGACGAGGGCGACUCCCGGGACACGGCGUUGUGGAACGGCAUCCUUAACAGCAGAACAAGCGGCUGCACGGAACAGGGCGGCGUGUUUACGGCUAGAACCCUUCUUUUUUUUUUUUUUUUGGUUUUCCCUCCCCCUGCGGUACAGUUCUGAAACGUACCGCCAUCUUCUGUUUGGAUUCCAACGGUGGAAGCACUAAAUACUGUAUCAUACAUAGAAAAUAUUUUUGUUUUAAAUUUUAACUUACUUUUUUUGUUACUUUUUAAGAAGAGACUUAAAGAUACAUAGGUUCUGGACUCCUUAAUUUAUUAUUUUUUUAAGGACUGCAAAUAUGAAAAUUAUUUAACAUUUGCAGAGGCUCACAACGUCAACACAACAGAAAUAACAUUAUAAUUAUAAUAACAAAAUAAUUGUGAGAUAAAUAUCCUCCCUGGAUUCCACUCUGGUUGAGAACAGGGUUAAAAGCAUCUUUAUUUUUAGGAUGAAGGUGAAGCAGAAAAGAAAGAAAGGAGUGAAUAAACAGGAACUCCAAACUCUGUUGGCGGUCAGAGGCCAUCUUGUCAUUUACCAGGAAGUUCUUGUCCUCCGCCUUGGCUCGUUCUGCGUUGGCGUGAAAAACGCGCGCCACGCGAGAGGUAAAGUAUGCAUCUGGGGGAGCGAUGCAAACCAGAACUUGUCAAGUUCCACAGAAGAACAAAGCGAUAAAAGAACUAAAGUUCAUCACUCAAGCAAACAAGAUGCUUGUAAUACUUGUGACCCACGGAGCAGAGUAAAGCUUGUAAAUACAUUAAAGACAAAAAAUGUAUUUAAAAGGUU